AUGGCUUCUUCAAGCUCAGCUGACCUUCUGCUACACCAACUUCCCAAGGAGAAUUUCUGGGAUCUUUCUGAUCUUCGUCUGUGGGAAGGCUCAACAUGGCUCAGAGCCCUCUGUUUUAGCAUCAUGAACGCAAAACCUAAUGAAGAAGAAGAGAAAGACACUCUAGCUGAAACCCCUCCCGAUUCUUAUGUUAGAAACUUAGAAGCUCAAGUUUAUUUAAAAGGCCAUUGUCCUCCUGAUCUAUCAAAUAUGCCUUCUCCUGGACUUUUUCACAGUCACUUGGCGUACAAUUCAUUGCCAGCUUCUAUCAAGAAUUCCAACUGCAAAAUGGUGUAUAUAACCAGAAAUCCCAAGGACACUUUGGUUUCAAUGUGGCAUUUCUUCAACUCCACCAGGACAUCGGAACAAGAGUCUUACCCAUUUGACAAGGCCUUUGAUAGUUUCUGUCAAGGGAUUGUUCCUGGAGGGCCAUUCUUUGAACAUGUUUUACAAUAUUGGCAUGAAAGCUUAAGAAGACCUGACAAGAUAUUGUUCCUCAAAUAUGAGGAGCUCCAAAAUGACCCAAAAGAGCAAGUUAGGAAGUUAGCUUCAUUUCUUGGAAGGCCAUUUGCUAAGGAAGAGGAGAUUGACAAGGUUCUGGGAAGGUGUAAUUUUCUGAGGCUCAAGAACUUGGAGAUUAACCAAAAAGGUACAAGUUCAAUGCUUAAUCUGCCUCAUGGUGCCUUCUUCCGGCGCGGUGUUACUGGGGAUUGGAAGAACUACCUCACUGCAGAGAUGUCUGAGAAACUCGAUCAGAUUACACGCACAAAACUGUUAGGAAUCAGCUCUGAUACCAGUUGUUGGGUAUUAGCUCUGAUACCACUCUUGUUAGGCCCUUUCAACCAAUUAAGAGAAAAUUAA